UUCCACGGUUUAUUAUGAUCAUUUCGCAACAAAAGACACACAAUUUGAUAAUAUGCUAACCUGUAUUGUGUUUGUAACGAUGAAUUAGGUUGAUUGAACAAUAGUUUAUAGACAUACGUGUGAUAUCUUUGUGACCUUUGAUCUGUGCGUAUGUAAUCAAACGACUUACUCCUUUUCAGUUUGAUAUUUGAUAAACGAUAACGUGACAUAAGUUGUGCUUUCAAAUUGUUUAUAUUAGUACACGGAAGUAACUGGGUGCGCAUGUGUACACACUCGAAACUGAACGGUCUUGGUUGUGUGAUAUCAGUACACCCCUUAUGUAGUGAAGGCGCGUUCUGGAUCACCAUUGAAUUUCCGAUUCUGUGACACACGUGGUUUGGAGGUCCCACAAGGUCUUGACAAUUUGGAGUGCAAUUACAUGCUAAAUGGGAACAUUUCUGACUUUUACGAGUUUAACCCUGCCACGCCCAUCUGUCCCGAGAAUCCCGGUUUCGUACACCAACCAAAGGUGAAGGAUAAGAUUCACUGCGUUCUGUUUGUGAUCGACGCUGGAACUGUCGGCGACAUUCCACCGAAGUUGGUCGAAAAGAUGAACAGCUUUCAGCGGAUCGCGAAUCGCAAAGGUAUCCCAAGAGCGGUUCUGCUCACAAAAGUCGACCUGGCUUGCAAGGAUGUUGCAAGUAACGUCAUAAAUGUGUUUAACAGUAAGAAAAUUGAGGACGCUGUGGACAAGGUAUCCGGCCUUCUCGGGUUACCUAGAAACAACAUACUUCCGGUGAAGAACUACGAGAAUGAGAUGCAGCUGGAUGACAACAUCAGCAUUUUGGCUUUUCUUGCGCUGCGGCAGCUACUGCACUUUGCAGAGGAUUACAUUGGAAAUCUGCAGGAAAGGAUGAACGGGCGGAAUGUCUCCACCGAGAAGCCGCACAAACUCGAGAAACACAGCGACAAAGAAUGAUUAUUAUGUUCUGUUACGCAGAUAAAUGCUUAUUUAUAACAAUUGACAAACAACGUGGUUUUCAAAACGAACACAACUGUUAAUGUUUUAUAACAAUUCGUUGAAAUACCUUUUAAAUAAGGUACAAAAAACUUGCAAUAAUAUAGAGUGGUGUUGUAUCAAAAGAAGCAAUUCAAACAUUUUUGCAUAAAAAUAUGUUAUUCAUACAUAUUUGAUUUAUUGAUCAGACUUAACAGUUCAACAAAUUUUACUAUGCUUGAAAAGCUUAUUUUUGUGUGUGGUUUUCUUUAAUAUAAAUUGCUAAUGUUCAAUUCCAAAUAUCUAAGUUUGUGCAUGUCAUCUUUGAUAUCUACCCAAAUAUUUAGUUAACACCGUUACAUCGAAACAUUGUAAUAUAUGAGUCGUGUUUUAUAUUAAGUUAAACUAUAUAUCAGGACAGGCUUUGUAUCUAAUUACAUCACUACACGAUGUACUCAAGAGUGUAUGACUACGUUGAAGAAAAAUGUAAUAGUUUAAUAGUCAAUGUGAUACUACAAACGAUGGUUGUUGCUGAAAACAAUAAAGCUUUACUUGACAUUUAA